ACAAUUGGGAGGGGAUUGGAAUCUAACCACCCAGAAUUAAUCCCCGAAUCCGGAUUAGCUCAAAAGGUGAACCCAUAAUUUUUGUCUUUCAUAAAUGGUGUGAUAAACUUUUCGAGUAUCAUACAAUGUAAUGAGGUCACGUUAGGUUAGGUUAGGUUGGUCGGGUCAGGUCUAUUUCAAAUUGAGUUGUGCUAAAUUAUAAUGUUCUUAUAAGUUAAAUUUAAAUUGCCUCUUGUUUCUGUUAGCUUCAGGUCAUUGUGGUCGGGUCCUUUUUUACACCUCCAACACAUAAUAAACUUUUUUGUUUUUUUUUUCUAAAAAAAUGUAAAAUGUACAGUACUCUUUCAAAAUGUAGUACUUUGUAUUGGCCUAAACCUCACCUUGCCUAGUUCGGAAACCCCUCCUUGCUUCUUGCUUUGGCCUUUGGCUGCCUCUCUCUCUUCAUUUCCUGUUUCUUCAGUGAGUUAUCAACAAUGGCGAAAGGCGACGACGCAAGAAUCAAGAAGAAGAAUAAAGCCAAUCGUAAGAAACUUGCUAAAGAUCCUUCUGCCGUCUCUUCUCGCGUUGCUGCUCUUAUUGCCGCCAAGAAGCGUCGCCAAUCCGGCAAACGCCGCAACUGCCAGGGCAUGUGCUAUAGUCUUCCCUCACCUGAGGACCCUUUCAACGAGAGACAUGGAAAAGAAAAUAUUAGCACCAGAAAAAACAAACGGCUGCUUCCAGAAGUAAAAAACAAGGAAACCUUAAAGAAAGAAGCCAAAAAGCAACAGAAAGAAGUGCUUUGUGGUGAUCAAGUGAACUUAAAAAAUCAAAAGGAAAAGAAAGCAAAGCUAGGAGAAGGAGACUUCAAUGAUUGUACUUUAGGAAAUUCUGGCUGUCCGUCUAAAUUUCUUUGCUCUUGCUUGAACUCUAUACGGGAUUCUUUGCUUGGUGAUGGCAUGCUGAAUAAGGAACAGGACAAACCUUUGUUUGUUGACUCAUGGGGAGUUGAAUUUUGGAAGUCUUAUUCCACAGGUGCUGAUGUAUUAGAAAACAGUGGAACUAGUCCUUCUGUGCAGCAAAUGGCCUGGAUAGCCUCCACGGCAGCUGACAGCAUUUCACAGAAGGAGAAGGAUGGGGUAUCCUUCUCCAACCCGUUCCUGCUAUAUCUUGUACCAUCACAAGAGAAAGCGAAUAAGGUGCGUUCUGUGUGCAAGCCUUUAAAAGCUUUCGGCAUACACACAGUGAGUUUACAUCCUGGUACUUCAGUGGAGCAUCAAGUUCAAGGCCUAAGGAGUUGUGAACCUGAAGUUCUUGUAGCAACGCCUGAACGCCUGUGGGAGCUUGUUUUGCUAAAGGCAGUUGAUAUAUCUGGGGUUUCUUUGCUGGUUGUAGAUGGAAUGGACUCUGUUUCUCAUUGCCUUAAUGUGGUAAAAUGCAUAAAAAAGUCGAUUAUUGGAAAGCACUGCAUAAUGGCUUUCCAGGGUCGCUCUGAUGGUUCCUCUUCUAAAGCUGUACAGAGUAUUCUUAGGAAACCCUAUCAUUCUUUAUCUCUGGAUGGACCAAAGAAGAGCCAAGAUAUUGCAAAAACCAAUACAAGGUACCAUCCUAGAAAACAAGGAAAAGGGCUGGAGAACACAUUUGUGCAACAUAGCCAUCAAGUUGUGCUUGGUUGUAGUGGCGAAGCUUGUGGUUUUAUACUAUCCUAAUCAAAACGUUUAGCCUUGAGGACAAUUGAUGUAUUUUUCAAUUAGACUGCUUUAAAACAGGUUCGAUGAAAAUUCUAUUGAAUUACUAUUUGUCAUUUGUAUUCCGUUCAUUUUUUGAAGUAAUGUCGUUGUGCCAAAAGUUUUGUAGUUCACGCAGGCUUUAAGUCAGUUUGCUUUGUUGGUAGAUAUUAGAGUUGAUCUAUCCCUGACAUUUAUGUGAGAAAUUGAGAAUGUUAGAAAGAUCAUUAAAUUAGUUAACAAUUUGUAUAAGAUCCUCAUUCAUCCAAAGAUAACAUUUUUAUAAUGUUUGAGGUUAACAGUUGUAUAACAUCCUCAUUCAUCCAAAAAUAACAGUUUUAUAAUGUUUGAGGUUGAUAAAUCGUCAAUUUGCUCACUUUACUGAAUUAUGUAUUGUAGAAUUUCAUCUCUUUCGUAGUAAUUCAAAAUAUACUAUCAACAGUAUUUGUGCAGGCUUAAUUCGUACCUAUUUAAUUGUUCUUGUAUAGUUGUAUGACCUCUUCUUCCGUGUUUGUGUUCUUCUAAUUAGCUAGCUUCUCGUCUGCCACCAAUUACGUUGAUCAUGAAAAAAGGGAAAUUUUUUAUUUAAUAUAAAGCAGCUGAGAUUAGAUGUCAAGAAGCCGAAGAAUUUAAAUUUGACUAAGAUACUGAAUACGACUAAGUGUCUUUUAUUUUAUUUUAUUUUUUAGUUUUGGUAAAAGAAAAAUGCGACUGGUUUAGUAACGUGUAAGGUGGCAACUCUGGUAAGUGCCUUGUGAUUGUGAAAAGGGUUAUAAGGCGAAGCUCCGUAAGUACUUAAUGAACUUCGAAUUAUAAACCUUGAAUGUUAUAUCUCUAUUAUAUAAGCCAAGAGAGGAGAACCAGUGAAAAGUUGGUGUCUAAUUUUUAAACUAUCAAAUUGCCCUAAAAAAAAAAAAAAAAAAAAAAAAAAAAAAAAAAGAGAAAAUUUUCAAAUUACCACCCAAAAAUUAAAGCAAAAAAAACAUUUGCAAAAUAUGUUAAUCAAUCAACAUUCAACUUUUCACAUAAUCAACAUUUUUGCCUCACAUUUUAAAUUUCUAUAGUCAUACAAAUACUUAAAUAAACCUAGUCCACAAUAAGUUUAUUGUAGACCAACUACCUCUCACGUGCGUGUGGAGGAGGCAACAAAAUUUCAGACAACUCUAUUUACUCCGUAUUUAUUACUCCUCCUUCAACCUUUUUUACCCCUCUUUUUAUUGUUUUCCCUCUUUUUAGCACCAGUCAAUUUCUCUCUCUUCAACUUGUCAAAAAAAAAAAAAAAAAAAUUUCUCUCUUCAAACCUCCUCUUCUGCCACUUUCUCUCUCUUCAUAACUCAAAUUCUCUCUCUUCAAUGUACAACUAUAACUUCAAUAUUGCUCAAUUUCUUCUUUAAUGGCCAAAACAGAAACGGUGGAGUGUGUAUGAGUAAAAGAGGUCUUCGGUUAUCAGAAUCAAAUCGCAAUAAUCAACCAAUUCCUG